CUUCCCACGUGAUCCAGUUCCCACGCGGUCAACCCGGAAGUUAGUAGCGUGCACCUCGAAUGACAACAUUCGUGUUUUGCAGUUACAUUUUAAACUAUUAUUUUUACUAUUGUGGUUAUUUUGUUACUGUAAUUUUUUUGCUGGUGCGAUUUUCGCGUUUAACAGCGAUGGAUAACGAAAUGUGCAGUUUGAAGAGGCAGCUGGAGGAGAAAGAAAAAGAGAUUGCUGCUCUCAGAAGUAAACUAGCAGCACGAGUGGAAAAGGCUUCAGAAUUGAAGAUACAGGAUAAAGUGACCACUUUAAAUCCCCUGACAGCCAAGCCUUCACUCAGCAACGAGGACAUAAUGCGGUACAGCAGGCAGCUUCUUCUGCCUGAUUUAGGUGUUCAAGGGCAGCUAAAAUUAUCCCAAACAUCAGUGCUGGUUGUGGGCUGUGGUGGACUGGGGUGCCCCCUGGCACAGUACUUGGCAGCAGCAGGAAUAGGGCGCCUGGGCCUGCUGGACUACGAUGAAGUGGAGCUCAGUAACCUCCACAGACAGGUGCUUCAUGGAGAAGAGAACCAGGGCCAAGCCAAGGCUCUAUCUGCUGCAAGAUCAGUUAUAAGGUUAAACUCUGGUGUUGAGUGUAUUCCCUACCACCUGCAGCUUUCUCCUGAAAAUGCCUUGCAGCUUGUUCAACAGUAUGACAUUGUGGCCGACUGUUCGGACAACGUUCCCACCCGUUAUCUGGUGAAUGAUGCGUGCGUUCUCAGCGGAAAGCCUCUUGUAUCAGCGAGUGCCUUAAGAAUGGAGGGACAGUUGACUGUGUAUAAUUACCACGGAGGCCCCUGCUAUAGGUGCCUGUACCCUGUUCCCCCACCCCCAGAGACGGUCACCAACUGUUCUGAUGGAGGCGUGUUAGGAGUGGUUCCAGGGAUAAUGGGCUGCCUUCAAGCGUUGGAGGUCCUCAAAAUUGCCUCUGGGCAAGGCACUGCCUGUGGUCAGCAGCUGCUGCUAUUUGAUGCUCAAAAUGCCAGAUUCCGGUCCAUCAGGCUGCGGCCCAAACAGCCCAGCUGCGUGGUGUGUGGAGAAAUCCCCAGUGUGACCCGGCUGGUUGAUUAUGAGGCUUUCUGUGGGUCCGCUGCCACAGAUAAGUGCCGCAAGCUUAACCUGCUGUCCAAAGAUCAGAGGAUUACAGUGCAGGAUUAUAAAUCAAUAAGAGACAGCACAGGACCCCAUAUCUUGUUGGAUGUGCGCCCUCUAGUGGAAGUGGAAAUCUGCAGCUUACCUUCCUCACUCAAUAUUCCCCUCUCCAGUUUAGAGGAGAAGAAAAGCAAAGAUAUCCAGUUACUUCAAGAGAAAAUCAGCCAAGUGAAACAACAGAUGGCAGGUGACCAGCAGGCGCCAGUCUAUGUGGUCUGUAAACUGGGCAAUGACUCCCAGAAAGCUGUGCAGCUUCUGGAGAAGAUGAGUGGAGAAGAAGUGGAUGGAAUAACAGUCAAAGACAUCUCUGGAGGCUUAAUGGCAUGGGCAAAGAUGAUAGAUCCCUCAUUUCCUCGAUAUUGAUGUUUAAAUACGUUUCCAUCAAUAAAUUGCUUGUUAUUACAGUCAA